GAAAAAUGAGAGAUAUAAUAAGUCACAUAAUAUGAAAAGAAUAGAGAAAUUAAGAUGGAGGAAAUUAAAAGUAUGAAUGUCUUAGUGUUUCAUUCUACUCCUUUUUAUAUUAGUGUUUCAUUCUACUCCCAUAGUUGGUCAGUUCUAGUGCCCCAUUCUUCAAUACAACAACACAACAUUUCUAUGUUCAACACAACAUAGAAAUUAAGUAAGAAAAAUGGGAGCCCUGUCUGCAAAAACUCUGCUAUUGUUGUUGCUACCAAUUGUUAUGCUGCUUUCUCUUGUAUGUGCUGCUUCUGCUACAAAUUCAGCUCACAACACUUUUGUCCAAUGCCUUGUAAACCAUUCUGAGCCUUCCCACCCAAUAGCUGAAGCAAUUUUCACACCGAACACUCCCUCAUUCUCUUCAGUCCUGCAAGCCUACAUCAGAAACCUUCGUUUCAAUACCUCCACAACAAGGAAACCAUUCCUCAUACUCACUCCACUUCAUGUUUCCCAUGUACAAGCAGCCAUUAUUUGUGGUCAAAAGCACAACUUGCAGAUGAAAACUCGAAGUGGGGGCCAUGACUAUGAAGGUGUGUCUUAUGUGGCAGAGGAUCCAUUCUUCAUCCUUGACAUGUUCAACCUCAGAUCCAUUGAGGUUGACAUAGCAACUGAAACAGCUUGGGUUCAAGCUGGUGCAACACUUGGUGAAGUCUACUACAGAAUUGCUGAGAAGAGUAGAAAACAUGGCUUCCCAGCAGGGGUGUGUCCCACUGUAGGGGUUGGAGGACAUGUUAGUGGUGGUGGCUAUGGCAACAUGAUGAGAAAAUAUGGCACUUCAGUGGAUAAUGUUGUUGAUGCACAAAUAGUUGAUGCUCAAGGGAGGUUGCUUGAUAGAAAAUCCAUGGGUGAAGAUCUGUUUUGGGCCAUAGCAGGUGGUGGUGGUGCUAGCUUUGGUGUGGUUCUUUCCUACAAAAUCAAGCUAGUUCAAGUUCCUGAGACAGUCACUGUUUUCCAAGUUCAGAGGUCUCUGCAGCAAAAUGCAACAGACAUUGUUUACAAUUGGCAGCAUGUAGCACCAACUACCAGCAAUGAUCUUUUCAUUAGGCUUAUCUUGGAAGUGGUGAAGGAUGCACAUGAAGGAACAAAGACAGUGAGGGCCACCUUCAUAGCUCUCUUCCUUGGUGACUCAAAAACUCUUCUUUCUCUCAUGAGUGAGACAUUUCCUCAAUUGGGUUUAAGGCAAUCAGAUUGCAUUGAAACAACAUGGCUUAGAUCUGUUCUGUUUUGGGACAACAUAGACAUUUCUACCCCAGUGGAGAUUUUGCUUGAAAGACAGCCUCAAGCCCUCAGAUACUUGAAGAGGAAAUCUGACUAUGUGAAGAAACCAAUUUCCAAGGAGGGUUGGGAAGGGAUUUGGAACAAGAUGAUUGAGUUGGAGAAUGGAGUGAUGUUUUUCAACCCUUAUGGUGGAAGAAUGGAUGAGAUUUCACCAUCAGCAACUCCUCUGCCUCACAGGGCAGGGAACCUUUGGAAGAUUCAAUACCAAGCAAAUUGGAACCAACCAGGGGAAGUUGUGGCAAAUCACCACAUAAAUGUGAUAAGAGAACUUUACAAGUUCAUGACUCCUUUUGUCUCCAAGAAUCCUAGACAAGCUUACCUCAACUACAAGGACCUUGAUUUGGGGACCAACCACCAUGGUUUUCUUAGCAGCUACUCUGAAGGGAGUGUUUAUGGGGUUCAGUAUUACAUGGAUAACUUCAACAGGUUGGUUCAAAUAAAGACCAAGGUUGAUCCUGGCAAUUUCUUCAGGAGUGAACAAAGCAUCCCUGUGCUUGGCCUAGUGGGAAGAGCUAAAAUGGUGACUGAAAAAUCUUUGAUUUCCAUUUUACUAUGUUUGGGUGCUAAUUGGAUUUGGAAACUCUCACAAGGUCGUUUUAAAAGACAAAAGACAAUUCAAUAGGCCUUGUAAUAAGGAUGGUAAAUAUUCUAUUAUAGUUGCUUUUGAGAUCCAUGUUUAGUUUAGAGCCAAUGAUUGUGUUUUAGAUUCUAUGGCUAAUUAUCUGUAUAAUUCAUAUCAUACGGGGAUCUCUAGUGUAUGAUUUGCAGAUUUGGACUAGCUACUUGCUGGAGAAUGGUCCAAGACUAGUUUGGUUUUAAUAAUCAUGUUAGUUGUUACCUA